AUGAGUGCACUCCUAGUUCUCGUCCUGUUAGCCCUGGCGGCGUACAAACUUUUCGCCCGGCGAACGAUCGCCUGGAAGAGAGCAAGCAAGUAUGGGGACGAGAGGACGGCAGAGUUGAGACAGGCGCCAGGGCCGGUUCCCUUGCCUAUAAUAGGCAGUCUACACCUGCUGGGCAAGCGCGAAUCGCCGUUCCAAGCGUUCACCGAUCUGGCGAAGAAUUAUGGGGACAUUUUCAGCAUAACCCUCGGCAGCGCGCAGUGCCUGGUCGUAAACAACCUGGAGCUGAUACGGGAGGUAUUAAAUCAGAACGGCAAAUUCUUCGGCGGCCGACCCGACUUCCUGAGGUUCCACAAGCUCUUCGCCGGCGACAGGAACAAUUCGUUGGCGCUCUGCGACUGGUCGAACCUACAGCUGCGGCGGCGCAACCUGGCGAGGCGCCACUGCGGGCCCAAGCAGCAUACGGACAGCUUCGCGCGCAUCGGCACCGUGGCCACAUUCGAAGCCGUCGAGCUGAUAGACACCCUGAAGGGCAUCACCAGGUCCUCCACCGCCAGCGUCAACCUGAAGCCGCACCUGAUGAUGACCGCGAUGAACAUGUUUACGCACUACAUGUGCAACGUGCGCUUCGACACGGAGCACGACGCGGAGUUCAAGAGGAUCGUGGACACCUUCGACGAGAUCUUCUGGGAGAUAAACCAGGGGUACGCGGUCGACUUCAUGCCGUGGCUGGCGCCGUUCUACCGCGGCCACAUGGAGAAGCUGUCCAACUGGUCGCAGGAGAUACGGGCCUUCAUACUGUCCAGGAUCGUGGAGCAGCGCGAGACGAACCUCGAGACGGAGGGGCCCGAGAGGGACUUCCUGGACGGGCUGCUGAGGGUGCUGCACGAUGACCCGACCGUGGACAGGAGCACGAUCAUAUUCAUGCUGGAGGACUUCCUGGGCGGCCACUCGUCCAUCGGGAACUUGGUGAUGCUGUGUCUGGCGGCGAUAGCGCGGGACCCGGAGGUGGGGAGGCGCUUGAGAGCCGAAAUCGACGGCCUCACAAAGGGCAAGAGGGCGGUGACCCUGGCGGACCGACCCCUACUCCCCUACACGGAAGCGACCAUCCUGGAGUGCCUGCGGCACGCGUCGUCGCCCAUAGUGCCGCACGUGGCCACCGAGAACGCGGCGGUGGGGGGAUACGGAGUGGAGAAAGGCACCGUCGUCUUCAUAAACAACUACGAGCUGAACAAAUCCGAGAAGUACUGGGAGCGGCCGGAGAAGUUCGACCCCAGCAGGUUCCUGGAGAAGAGCAGGGCUCGCGUGCGGCGCAACUCGCAGUGCGACUCGGGGAUGGAGUCCGACGGCGAGCGUGGCCCCGCCGAGAGGGGCGAGGAGGCAGCCGUGAGGAGGAACAUACCCCACUUCCUGCCGUUCAGCAUCGGCAAGCGCACGUGCAUAGGGCAGACCCUCGUCACCACGAUGAGCUUCGUGAUGUUCGCCAACAUCGUGCAAGAGUUCGAGGUGGCCGCGGAAGACCUGGAGCAGCUGAGACAGAAGCCCGCGUGCGUCGCCCUCCCGAAAGACACCUUCAGCCUGUACCUGCUGCCGAGGAAGCAU